AUGAAGAAACUUGUUCGAAAGAGGGCAAGAGAUUACAAUUCAGAUAAUGAUGAGAAUGAUGAUGAGAGAGAUGUGGGUAGUGAUGGUGAAUCUGAAAAAGAAGAGGAAGAAGCAGAGGACAUGGAUGUGAAUGGGGAUAAUGGGGUUUCUGAUGAUGAGGAAAAUGGCGAAAUUCAACCCGGAAUCACUAUGUUUUUGGAGGGUUCUAGAGCAUUCAAGAUGGCAUUCAAGAGUAUUAUCAAGAAGUGUCUGCCUGAGGAUGCACUUGGUCCGGUGUUGUUAGCACACAAGAAGCUCAUUGCGGAGAAGCUUGCAGAAGAGGAGGCCGAGCGGAAGGCAAAAUUUGCCUAA